GUAGUCCCCAUAACGCUCAAUUGGUACUUUGUCCUGGACGUAUGAGCCAGCGACGAAACUCAUGCCAGAACCCUCCUCCUCUAAAAUUCCUGGGACUUCACGCUCGAAUUCGCUUGCAAGUACAAUUAGCAACAGUGGUGCGAGUCUAACUCGCCGUUCGCGGACAACGAAACGAACGCGAACGGUAACCACAGAGUCCCGACCAGAUGGUGCAGAAGAAGACCAGGUACUGGAUAUCUCAGCUGCGAAUAGCGCAGAACCAUUUCCUAGUCCGGUUCCGACAGUUUCUUCCGAAUGUGUAUUGUCCCCGGUUACUACGCGAUUCGAAACUAGAUCAAGUCCGGUUUCGAGUCCAGUGAACUUGCAAACAAAUAGUGAUCCAGAACGGAGUGGAGGAACAUUUGGCCCUGUAGGAGGCGAUUUCCACGUGGUUGUGUCGCAGGACGCACCUUCAACCCCUGCCGAAAGUCAACCAGGCUCCCAAGCACUGGCAGGGUUCACUCCAACCAUUCCUAUGAAGGGCAAAGGUCGCGGGAAUAGAGCAAUGCUUACGUCUCCUCCGUCUGCCUUCCGUCCCAAUCCCACCGACAGCGACCAUGCGCGAAGUAGUGUCCGUGACUCCUUGCUAACGCAACAAUCAUCUACAUCUUCCUCGCUUUACCCUCUCACUACCUCCAUCGGGACAGAGUCGCCUCCUUCUCCCCUUUCACCGACGACACAAGACCAUGGCGUUGUCAUUCCAGCUUUCGACAUCGAUGGACCACCAACAGUGCAGGAAUUCAAUGCGGACGAUGUCUCAUAUCGUCUUCAGUUGCUUGUGAAGAACAACUAUUUUCUUCCUCCUGCUCACUCAAAGCCAUCUCCGGCCGACUUUGCACCGUGUGUAACCACAUGCAAAAAGGCAACCUCUCCUGCAUUUCUGGAUUAUUUCCGAGUCGGAAAAUCCAGAUCUAAACCCGCUAGCCCAGAUUCCUACGAUGGUUCUCCGGUGUUGAGAGUGACAUCGGACUCUACGAUCGUAUCCGGCUAUGGCCCUCGCGGCGCACCACAAGCUUUUCGUUCACCGAAGAGUGUCCAGCACAUGGCACGUGUGGUCGUUGUCCGUGAGAAAAUGGAUGAUCUUGUCGCUGCAGCAAAGCAAGCAGAGAUAGACUUGAAGGGUCGAGACGUUCCCUCAGACCGCGAUAGGGGUGUGCGAAGACCCAAGGUUGAUGUGUUUGAUGGGAUCAUUGAUCCCACGGAUGCAGUUGACGUACCUCCCCCGUCGGCCAACUACACUCUAGCCUUGCAGGCCUCAGCACUUCAUGGACUGGGAAUCGAGGACUCCGUGGGAGCAGCUGUGCUAGCGGAGCGCCUACCUCCUCCAGGUAGUCCUGGACAUUCCAUAAGUCUUGAUCCACAAGAGGAGGCGUGGAGAAAGGCUUUGCUGCAUCAAGUUGUUGGACACUCGCUCAACAGUUCAGCAGUAACGUUGUCCACAGCUCCGUCCACCCCAACGAGGUCGCCGCGCCAUCCACACUCGUCAGAGUCACUUUAUCAGCGCGCUCUCAUGCACCCGCGGAGGAUGCUAGACAAGAAGAUCCUCGAGAAUCCGAUAGUUGACCACCAUGAGGAGCCUGAGCCGCCAAUAGCACCCACUACGGGCGAACCUUCGGGAAGAGAUCUUGUCGCUCGUCUUCCGGCCCCGGAACGUGUGCGCUUAUCCAGCUAUACUCCACUCCGAGCGGAAACCCCAGUCCCUCAAACCCCUCUUGCGCCGCCGCCUCGCCGACAACUCGGAACCUCCCAGUACUCUCAUUCACAAUCUCAUCUUCCCGCAGGUUCUACAGAGCUGCGCCGAAUACUUCGCAAAUCCUUAUCUUCGCCCAUACUCUCCGAUUUCUACGAACUGAGAAGGGGACCAGAGUGGGCGAGAACGCCGAUGAUGACUCCGCCACCGCUUCCAUCAUUAAGUGUAUCUCCUCCGCCCUCGCAUCGCAUGAGCAGGAUGACUGCGCUGACUGGUCUCUCUCGGUUUACGGAUGACUCGACUGGUUUCGAUGAAAUCCGUUCUCGUCCUUCGCUGGCAAUCUCAUUGCCAACAACCGAUGGGGGACGUCGGCCAUCGUCUUCGGAGUACUCACAACCGUCUCCAACUGCGUCUGCCUUCAGAGAUAGAUGGUCAAAUGGCUUUUAUUCCGCGAACUCCCAAUCACCUUCGGUUGACCCUCUGCCGCAUUCGCGAGAUUCUUCGGCGUCGCCGCAUCCUCUAAUCCCUCGUCCUUCUACCAUGUCCCCGCCACCUAGACCCUCUUCAUCGAUAGCAGGCAUCGCUUUGUCGCCCCCACCACAUCGUUCUGGAAACCUUCGCCAGCCCCGACAUUCACGACUCCAUGAAGCAUCAUCCUCAGAAUUUAGCCAAGGCACCUUCCGCUCCUUUAACUCAUUUUCUCCCAUGCCUAGUCACAGCGAGACCCGGGGCCAUUUGCCUCUGCCACUUGACGUCAAUGUCUCUAUCGAUAGCUUUGCAUCUGGGAUUCACUCUGCGCCACCACCUUCAUCACCAGCCACCUUUUUCGACCACAUUCAGAACCACCCGAAUGCUAUGGAUGACCUGGACGAUUCUGAUGAUAGCAGAAGUGACAUAGACCAGGAUAUGCCUGUGUACCCUGUACCCUCUCCCCAUCCAUCACUUAUGCAGCUGGGCAAUCGCUCUACCCCCAAUCUUGCCAGGGCUGCGAACGAGUCGCAUUAUCAAGGGAUUCCGACUGAGCGGAACCAGCCCGUGGGCAACGUCCCGCAUAAAACUCCAUACUUUACGAGUGUCAAGGCAUCGCCGAGCUCUCUCACCCAUCUCACGCUUGCGCAGCACUCACAAGAACAUCUCACAGUCGACUGUGUGGCACCGCAACGGCCGGACACACCUGGAUCGGAGAAUGUGCGUCGCUGGCAGAAGGAGCAGCAAGCACUGGCAGAGUCAUCGAAGAGAUUGGAUGGGAUGCUGAUCCAGCAUAUGGAGGCGGAGAAGGAUACGCUGAGGAGAAUUGCACAGACUGCAAAAGUAUCGAAACCCCUUGAAUUAUCUUAGGACUCGUUUUGCUAUCCUAUUUACUUACCACACCCCUUGUUUUCUUGCUGCUCGUUCAUUGCUUGUAUUGUACAUGAGUACUUCCGAUACCUACCAUCUAGUUUCUUACCGGAAGUAUCUGAUGAGAUUAAUGAGUGAAACG